AUGACUUACACUUCUUUACAUAUGGACACAGAUGCGGAACGUUUAUAUUACGAGUUAUGUUACCGCAAAGCAGCAAGACGAAUUGCAUGGUCAACACAGAAUAUAAUCGCAUGGUCACCACCUUCUAAUAAUAAUUUAGAUACUAGAUUUUCACGCUUUUCUCCAAGUAUUGGAGCCUUCAGUUCAUGUAGAACUUCUUCUCUUGAUGCCAAUGGUCCCGCAUGGUCUUUUACAAAUCAUGAUAAUUUAUUUCCUUUUGAUCGUGUAGAAAGUCAUCAUAGAUUCGGAGAUGAUAUUACAGAUUUAGUAUGGAAUCAGACAGGUUCUGCUUUAGCAUCUAUAGACCAAAGAGGUAAAAUAGCGAUAUGGACCAUGAAUAAUUUUGUGAAUCAAUGGAAAUGCAUCUGUAAUGUCAACCUUGGAGAAAAUGUAAUUGAAUUUACGUGGUUAGAUAGUGCACGAUUGUAUUCACGUGUUUCUAAAGCGCAUUCAGCCGAGUCACUUUAUAAACGGGGUUCAUUUAAAGGUCCUCGGAAUCAAUUUGGUGAAUUCGCUUUCAUAACUGUCACGACUGAUGGAAAGGUUGCUGUUUGGUACCAGAAAGGAAAGAAAUUUCUUUCGAAAAUUAUUUCCCACUUGCGCUAUCCUUCAAAACGAAUAUCACAUGCUGAUAUAGUACUUAGCGAUGGAAAUUAUAUAUUAGCUACAUACAGUCCUGAAUUUCUGCCAAAACUAGUCAUGUUUUACGAAAUCAAAAUUGACAUGCUUUCUUUACAAGUCGAUUGUCAGCCUAUCGCUAAUGUUCAUCUUGCUACUCCAAUUAGUGACCCCCCUUUAUUCAUUGAACGAUCUCCAGUAUUGCACUUGAAACUAAUAUCAAACACGCAAUCUCAUGGAAUCCGACUCAUAAUUAUAACAGCCGAGAAAGCAGGGUCUAGCGUUUUCAAUAGCAGCAUUGCUAUGUGGGAAAUUAAUAAAUCCACACCAACAUCAAUUGAUUCUUCAGAAACUGUAAUGAAAAUUGAUAUACCACCACCGAAUGUUCGAUUCAUCGUUUGCGAACAAUUGGAUCAUAAGUUGGUAACAAAUAUUUGGAUACAAGAAAACGAACUCUUCCUUGGGUUUAGUGAUGGUCAAGUUCAGUUUCGUCACUACGACACUUUAAAAAUUCUUCCAGGAGAAAGACAUGUUAGCAUAAAAUAUUUUCAAGAUUACAAUUUUCCAAAAUACAGUACUUGGGUUCCUUCAAAUUAUACGGCUUGUACAGACGCAAUCAUUGAAUUUGCCACUUCACCGAAUGGAACGUUACUUCUUUGCAGAAGAGCGUCCGAUAAACUUGAUUGUUUGGACAUAGCUGACGCAUUGGAUCAAAACAUCGACUUGCUAGCUCAGAUUUGUGUUGCAUCAUCUUGUGCAAAUAAACUGACAUUAUCAAUAUUAAAUAAUAUUGAUCAUUCGGAUUUAGAGAAUAUAAUAAAGAAAUUUUCCGGUGAUCAAGUUGAUCAAGAUGAUCAAGGAGGUGUAUUUCAACUUAUUCUUAAAGAAACGUUUAAAAAUUUAUCGAACGUUUUUCCAGAUGGGUUGGAAACAACAGCGUCUUCAGAUUUUCUAAGCAGGCUGUUUGGAAUACAACUAUCAUUAUUAAAAUCUUGUCGACGGGAUAAUAUUACUUAUUUAAAUACAUUAUACUUUAUGCACUUACGUGCUUUAGAAGCAAUAUUUCAAAAUAGCGUUUCUUCUGAUGGUACAUUUUCUCCAGAAAAGUCUCAUAUCAUCCUUCUUUAUAAUUUGAUAAGUCGGACGGCUUUUAAAAAUUUGCUCUCUCUUGUUGGGAAAUUUAAGGAAUACGUUAAUUCUUUAGCAAUAAAUAGUCCCAUUGAUUUUCAAGAUAUGAAUAGAACUCUUCAGUAUUCAUUUGAAUCCUGGCCGCUUAAAUUAGAAUCUUUAGAAUCAUUUAUAAAUGAGGCCGGUUCUAUUAUUGAUAAAUCAAUGAAAGAUCCGCAAGAUCCGCAAUUGACCAAAUAUGUAAUGUUUUUCGAUUCUAAACUUCAAAAAUCAUUGCACGGAACUCUUCGGGACUUGGAACAAAUAUUUAUAAAAAAUUUCACUACAGAGAAUAAUGUUAAUUUAUAUGUUUAUGAUACUAAGUGGAUCUCUUCAGAAUCUGUCGAUAUAAUUUUAAAAUCACGUACGAUUAAAGAUCGUGUAUGUACAAGAUGUGGUCAUUAUUCAGCGACAUCUGAUAUACAACGUACACGAUGGGCAAGAAGUUAUACUAGAUCUUGUAUUUGUG